CGGACGGACGAUUUUUUACUCCUGAACAAGUGACAGUGAAAAAAUAGGGGAAUCGUUUUGGGGCACGUUAAAGUGUCUAAAAUUUGCAUCAUAUCAUAAAGUACUGCUUAAAGUUUCGGUCGGAAGUUUUUGCUGCUCCAUUGGAAACCUUUGGAAGUGAAAGCAAAGCACAUCGCUUGCAGCACACAAUAGUAGCAGCAGUAGUACAAAUUGAAUAGCGAAGGAUACUUUACGUGGGAAAAUUAGAAAAAAAGAAUUGAAUAAGUGAUCCACGCAAUUCAGUGCAAGACAGAGAAAGAAAAAUGAAACUAGUGUUAGUUUGACGGCGAAACUAGGGCGCACUAAGUAUUUUGAGACAGGACAGUAUCAGAAAGGGAGCAGCAAGAAAAAAAGCAAACAUGGCCAACCGAAGGCAAUCGGUCCGCAUUUUCAGUCUGUUGUUGAUCUUAAUACAACUGGAAGAACAGGUUCGGUCACAGCCAUCGGCCGAUCAGCAGCAGCAUCAGAGUGAACAGCUCGCUUUUGGCGCACAGGAGAUGUUCUCGCCUGCGUCGCAAACACUAAUGGACGAAAUGUUCCAACAAAGUGAUGGAGCUGUACGGGGAGCAAUCAGCUCAGCAGUAGCAGGAGAGAAAACGAGUCCGGAACUGGUCGGAAACUUGAUCUUUCAACCUAGUUUACUGGAUUUCGUCGAACGUUCUAUUGGCGAUCCGCACAAUCAGGUGGUGAUCCUGAUAAAUAAACACAAAAACCGUAGUGUAUUUCUAGGGUCAAUCUCUGGAAGUACACCCGUUUUCUACAGUUCAUACUUUAAAGAUAUGGUGAUUCCGCCGGAGGGUAAUACUACGUUUAACGUAGUGUUUUUACCUAGACGGCUCGGGGCCGCAACCGGAUCAAUCGAGAUUCAUACGUCUUUUGGCUUGUUGCAAUAUCAAGUUAAAGGCAUCGGCAGAGAAUGCCCGUAUCGACUGAGGCCACUUGUAAAUUUGGUGGCCCCGUUGAACGCUACAAUUACGCCGGAAAUUACCAUGUAUAAUCCACAUGACGUUCCGCUACAGAUUAUGGAAAUCUACAGCAGCGGAGGAAACUUUCAACUCGAACUGCCCAGUGGAGCACAGGAAGGUCCUCAGGCCAUGUGGGAAAUACCUCCACAUAGCACGCGGAGUGUAAUUCGGGUCAGAUUCCAUGGUAAAGCGGCCGGCAAUUACACGGCUUACGUUAGAAUCAAAAUCUCCGGCGGAAACCAUGAGCCAUCACUGGUAGACAAGAUGCUUGUGGUACCAAUUGAAGUUGAAAUCUAUAAAGAGACUGGGAUCUACUCCAAAGUACCUUUUAUUAAAUUUGACACCGGUCGGACAACCGGUAACAUCUCACAAAUGCACCUCAAUCUGACCAAUUCCGGUGAUCGAAAAGUGGAAAUUCAAGUAAUGGGCGUCUAUACCACUUCUGCGGAGGCUGCGGCUGCUUUUAAAUUUUAUGUAUCGAGUGACUUACAUCCCACCGCUGAAGUCAGAGUUGAUUUGUCAAAAAUACAUGCUGAUGGAGAAGUUAGUGGAUUUUUCUAUACGGAUUAUACGUUGAAUGAUCCUCCGGAUGACGUGGUGUAUAGCUGUGUUAUUUAUUUCACUUGCCUAGUUUUAAAACGGAACCUCAAGUACAAUGCAGACGCGCUAAAAUUUCUCACUUUUGUCGGUGGAAACGCAGAAGAGCAGCACAAUUCCCAGCUAGCAGUUCCACGGCCGCUAAUGGUGCAUAAUCAAUUUAGUGUGCCAUUUAGCAUCUCUAAUAUUUCAGUACCUGAGAAUUGUUCGAGCAAUUUUCUUAUCGAAGGCUUUCGACCGCGUGUUCUUCAGCCAGGACAAGAGGAAACCCUUCUCCGGAUAUCUCGGAUACUGACGGAUAAUCUAAAUCGCUCGAUUGCCACCUACAUCCGGUUAAUGACCAAUAUGUCAGACUUUGAGUUGCCCGUCUACAGCUAUACCGGGAAACUCAAACGUAUUUUACCCUUUUCGACGACGGAUUCUCGUUUGGCGGCUGACUACGAACAGCUAGAUUUGGACGAGCAGGAGCUUGAGUUUGGGAUUCUUCCGAUCUCGACAAUCGGCGAAACGUUGAUCGGCUUUUUCAACGCCAAUCCGGUGGAGAUUCCUAUACGCCACUGGAAAGGAACCAUAACUUCAGACGGUGCCGAGGGCACUUCAACGAUAACCGUAAUACUGCGCGGUUGCGGCCCCUAUGCUGGCGAAAAUCUUCUUUUCUGCCACUCGAUUAAACCGAAGCACUGGAUGGUUUUUCAGAUCAGUGUACAGUCCGGCACGACUGACAGCUAUCGGGGUCAGUUCAGUGUGACGACCGAUUACGAGGAGAUCGUGACCCCUAUCAGUUUCACCACCGCAGUCGGAAAGCUGGAGCUGAAUCGGGAGUUGCUGAGAUUUGAUAAUUGUUUUCCGGGAAAGCUCUGUUCGCUCAAUUUGACGGCCCACUCAACGUUCCUAACGAAAAUCCACGUUGAAGGCAUCAAAACCGACGUGGAUGGAAUAGAAUUUACCGUCGAUAGUCGCCAUCCGGUGAUACAUCCGAACACGGUGACCAACAUUGGAAGGUUGCUUUUCGAUCCGAAGGUGAUCUGCAAGCUGGAUUGCUACAGUAGCUUCGAUUUGCUCUCGAAGCCCUUUGGUGUCAAGUGGAUGGCGACACUGGACAGUUACGAACAGUACAGCCGCCUGGAUAGCGAAAAGUUGCUGCAGCAGCUCCGGCUGUACGCCGAGAUGAAACGGGCCUGGAAGAGUAUAAGGUUCCAGUUGACGACGGAUCCCAUUAGGAGAUUUGAGUUUAACGCAAGCAUUGAUCUAGUGUGGCCGAAAUUGCUCACAGAAAAUAUUCACUUUCCGACGCUGCAAGUCGAGCAAGAGGCAGUAAAACUCAUUACGAUCAACAAUCCGUCGGAUCAAAUUUUAUUUGUACAUCUUGUGCUGCACGACGUGAGUGUUCAUGGGAACAACAUUAGUGCCCUGCCCCCGGAAAUAUUGUCCGGGUGUGAAAAUUGUAGUCUUAGCGAGGAGAAUGUGUUUUCGUUCUUUCUAUUUGACUACGAUGACAUUUAUGUUAACUAUGUGAAGCCGAAAUCUUUUCUAAAGAUUGCAGUAAAAUUUACAUCGAAAACGCCGGGGACGUUCUCGACCAUUUUCUACAUGCGCAAUAAUCUAACGCUAAUUGACGCUGUUUGGAUUCAGGCGAGAGCCGUUGUGCCAGUAUUUAAAUUCGGUAAUAGAAAGCCCGGUUCUGCAACAGCGUUGCAGUUUGAGAUUACCGAGAAACACUUGAAGAUGUGUUCAAAGUUUCAAGAGCCGGCUACUGAGGAUGAUAACGAAAUAACAAUCCAAACGAAGCGGUCUUUCACGGCACGUAACAGCGGAGAAGUUCCGAUAGCGGUGUCCGGCAUACGUGUGGAGGAAAUAUUUUGCGAAGGCUUCGGAUUCAAAGUGUUGGAUUGCGCUCCCUUUGAGCUACAGCCUAAUGCGAGCAAAAAGAUUGAAAUAGCAUUCUCCCCGGAUUUUACCCUGGCACGGGUGACGCGAACUUUGAACUUCGAUACUAAUAUAAAUUUCCCCGUUAAUUUUACCCUUCUGGGAACUGUUCCAGCUCAUGGGUUAGAAUCUUGUAGUUUAAGUUUAAAAAGACCGUGGUUCGAAGGACUGCUCAGAGUUGUUCUAAUCUGUGUUUUGUCGUUGGCUUUCAUUGGAACAUUAAUUGCUGCAUUUAUAGACGCGAAUAAGGUGAUCAAAGAACACGUACUUAGUAUCUCUCGAGAUAGAGGACCGAUCCAACCUCCACUGGAUCUGCGGCAAAUUGCUUUGCAAACUUCAGCUGCUGCCAUCGAGGAUUCCUCGGAUAAUAAAUCAACUGGCAGUCAAAAUAGCCAAGCUAGAAAGAGCCAAAAUAACAACUCUAAAAAACGAACACCGGCCAAGGAGUCGAAUUCGAAAUUCUCAAAUGGCAACGCUAAUAAUUACAACAAAUCGUGGACUGACUUUACCUCGAAGCUCGGAAAAGGAGUUCACGCAAAGCAAACCAACGACAAACCUUCACCUGAGGCGGAUAAACGGUCUCAAAAAAGUCGACGCUCUAUUACUCCUCCUAAGGAGGAAACCCAACUUCUAACGCCGGUCUCCAACUGUGCACCAAGCACCAGCAUCAGCACCAAAGAACGAAAUCGACCACCGGCCGAGGAGGACACCUGCUCAACCGCAACGGAAAUUUCGGAAACGUCAUCGACAGUGUCCACCGCAUCCACAGUGUCCUCUGCGUCGUCAUCAGGUACAUCCGGUUACAAAGCGACAACAUCGUCAGAUAUUGCUAAAUCUCCCCGGACCGCGAACGCAUCGACCAAUCAUCAGCAUCACGCUCAGUCAAAAACUCCUACCAGUGACUUGAAACCUGACUUCAAUCCAACCAGCCCUAGUCAGAGUCAUAGUAUUAAUCAGCAACAGUCGAAGACUGUUCAGCAGCAACCGCAACAGCCGUUGGUGACUCAAACGCAAAAACUAAACGUUAAAAAAAGCAAAAGCCUGCCUGCCGGCUACGAAGCAGGAGCAUCGGCACUCAACUCAGCGAACGGCGGUGGCAACAACAACAACUACUCGCAACAAAAGCACGCAACUUCGGCUACUACUCCAGGUAAAGAAUCUAACAACGGUGGUCAUGCAUUACGCAAUAACACCAGCAAGAAUCACAGCAACGACAAAGGACCGGGAAAGUCGAAUAAGAGUGCGGACAAAAGGGAACACAGCGGCAAGGAAAAUGGCAAUGCAUACGCCGAACACGGUGGCAAGAAUGACUCCUCGCAGCCGAAGAAAUUCGGAAAGACACCCGGUCGCGAGCGCAAGUCGAACAAUCAAGGCAAAAAGGGUUCGAAAAAUCUGCAUAAGGCACAGGCUAUAACAUUCACUUCUGCUGGGACAGGAAAAUCUGGUGGCGGAUCGGGCAAUGGAAAUUCGACUGCUUCGAGCUUCUUUCUUCCCAGCAAUAACAUUUCGACCGGUCCACUGCCUGCACCACCGAAUGUUUGGGGUGAGAAUCGUGCCCGUUUUAGUGACGUCGUGGCUCAAGCAACGCUAGACAGAUCCGGCGGUUCCAAACAAUUCGACUCAAGUGGCAGCAGUUUUACAUCGUCCAAUACAUCUGUAUGUUCUGUUAUAUCAAUCAAGCAGCAACCACAGCAGCAGGAAGCUCCGAAAGCUGUGGGCAAUUUGUUUGGCAAAGCUAAAGACGAUUCCUUCGUUGGAAUGGAAAAAGAGUUAAAUGUUAAUGUUGGAACCGGUUUGGCCCCUAUCGGAACAUCCAAGAAGUCACCUUCUUCAAUUACACCAAGAUCCUGGGAACCAUUCGGAAAUGUUGUGAAUAGUCGGGCGCCAGCAAUGCCGUCUGUAAGUACAACAGAUGCAGUGAACUCAGCCAGUUACUUCUCGCAGUCCUUCAUCGAUUAUAAUCAGGCCAAUAGCAGCGAUCAAUUCCACUCCGGCGGCAAUGUCAGCAAUGGCAACCAUUCGUUGGCAGAUUUUCACUCUCAGCAGUCUGCUUUUGCUGGAAUGAAUGGCUCACAGGCGGCAGCAAACAAUAUGAUUUCGACCGGCUUGAAUCCCAUGAACGAUUUAAACCCAAUGAUAGUGGACCGGUCCAAUUGGGACGAUAAAUAUCUUUGGCAAAUUAUGCAUAAAGAUGAAGACAUAAAUCCCUCGACAACGGCGCAUUGGAAUUCCCUCUGGACAUCGCCUACAGUAUUCACUCAACCCAACAGCAACCCUAACAUGCAACAACAGCACCCUUCACAACCAUCUUCGAUGCAAAUGAAUUCUCGUUUGACAAACAAUUGGCUCAAUACGGCUGGAAGCUCCCGUUCGUCACAAAUGCCGCUCCGUGCCCCGCCUGGAUUUUCUCCUGUCAAGCCCACGCCUAAUCAAGCGCUGUUGGCUCAGGCUCACGUCCAGCAGGCACAGCAGGAUCAUCAAAAUAACGCAACCGGUGGAGCAACCUACGAUCCAUUCCGUCUAAGCUCGAUCUGGGCACCGGCCAAUACCAAUAAUGACGCGUGGAACGAUAAGGAAUAGAUUGGUGGAAUUUUGAAGCUACGAUUGACAGAAAACAGGACCGUAUAUGUUUCGAGAAAAGAACAAACCAAGAAGUAGUGAUUUGGCUGAGUUUUCCUUACUCUUUUACUCUUUGAACUAGUUUUAUUGAACCGUAGAUACUCAAGCAAGGUUUUCAUUUGAAGUAGGAUUUAUUUUUUUGUCAGUUUAUUUUGAACUGUGAUUAAACCACACGAGCCUAGUUACUAAUCACAAUCUGUUCUGUUUUUGCAUUGUUUCUAACCGUAUUGUUCUAGUUUUGCUCUAGAUCAUUGAUCUACACAUUAAAUUCACUAAUUUUUAUUUUUUUCGUUAGUCUCUGUAAGCUUUGAAUUUAGUUUUGUUUUUCGCUUCAAAUACUCUACGAUUAUAACAAACAGUAGGUUCUGUAGCAAGCAGAAAGUGAAUUAGAUCGAGAGCGCCGGCGGAAUUUGAAACGAGUAUUACAACAUAAAAUUGGAAGAACUACAAUUACAAAUGCAGAUUUAAACAAUAUUUAAAGUAUCUUUACAGAAAAAGACACAAACUAAAAUAAUAUUUUAAUAAACAGUUAAAUAUAGUAGGGAAAAGACAUACGGCUGCAGAAGCAGUUUGCUAUUGUAAUACCCUACACCAAUUCAGAAGCUUCAGAAAAGGCUGGUGACAUUGCUACCUAUACCACAAACAGCUGUAAAAUUUACUAGUUCCACUUUGCCUAGAAGUAAGUUCAUGAAUUAAGGAAACAAUUCAGAUUUUAAUUCGGCAUCCUGUGCUACUGUGCAUAAUACUGUCGGAACCAAAUGAACAAAGUACCUACCAUCGAGGUCUACACUUGAUCAAAUGACUCGUCUUAUCUUGUAGGUAAAGUGGUAAUAGUACAUUCAACGGAAAUUCGUCUUCAUUGAUAAAUCGGAUUUUAAACGCAGUUCUGUUGUUAAAAAUGUGUUAAUUUUAUACCUUGUAUCAAAAUGCAUGCAUUUUUAAGAACAGAAUUUUUGGCAGGAAAAUCAAUGUCAAUCAGGACCAAUUUGCCUCUAACGGUUGGAUUAUAAACGAAAAAACUUGGGCACGCUGAUGAUGAACUACACGCUAACGGACAAUUUGCUGAUGACGAUGAUUGGACACACACGUACUAGCGGAAGUGAAUAACAGACGCAACAAUUGAGAAAAUAAACAAGAAA